UUAUUCAAAACAAAGAUGUCAAAGUUGCUUCGUAGCGAAGAGAUUGGGAACAGGAAACCACUCUCGAAAACCUUGUUCAAAGGAUAUACAUGUUAGUUACGUUCUAAUCAAUUCUAAUUAAACAAAAACGAAACGUGUGCGUUUAUUAACGGACGGUUGUGCAGUAACGUUGGACGUUAGUAAAUAAACUGAGCUAGCUGAGUGAAGCUAACCAGGCUAACUUCAUACUACAGUCGGCAGAUGUUUCGCGUUUGUGGGCGCUUUUAACUUUCUUUUUUAUCUUAAAUCAGACUAAAGUGAUAAAUCUAGUUUAGUGGGAGUAAUCACUGAGUUAUUCUUCAUUGAUGUAAAAUAAUAAAGUGACCGACAGCAAUAGCGGUGGAUACAUCACCAUACUGUCAGUACAAGAGCCGGUGAGCAAGCUUCCUGUCUGCCCUGAAAACCUCUGUCCGUGCCUCUCUCACCCACUGUGGUUGGUUUAGAAACCAUGGCAGCUAAUAAAUCCAAGGGUCAGAACUCUCUGGUGCUUCACAAAGUGAUAAUGGUGGGCAGUGGUGGAGUGGGCAAGUCUGCGCUUACACUUCAGUUCAUGUACGACGAGUUUGUGGAAGACUACGAGCCCACUAAAGCCGAUAGCUACAGAAAGAAAGUGGUGCUGGACGGAGAGGAGGUCCAGAUCGAUAUUCUGGACACAGCAGGUCAGGAAGACUACGCCGCCAUUCGGGACAACUACUUUCGCAGUGGAGAGGGCUUCCUCUGUGUGUUCUCCAUCACUGAAUCCGAGUCCUUUGCUGCUACCGCCGACUUCAGGGAGCAGAUCCUUCGGGUGAAGGAGGACGAGAACGUGCCUUUCCUGUUGGUUGGAAAUAAGUCCGAUCUGGAGGAUCGGAGGCAGGUGAGCGCGGAUGAGGCCAAAGCCCGAGCCGAUCAGUGGGGCAUCAGCUACGUGGAGACCUCGGCUAAAACCCGGGCCAACGUGGACAAGGUGUUUUUUGACCUUAUGAGAGGAAUUAGAGCCAGAAAAAUGGACGGAGGCAAGGCCAACAGCGACGAUGAUAAAAAGAGUUUACUAAGACGGAUUCGAGAGAGAUGCUGCAUUUUAUAAUGUCUGUCACUCACAUAUCUGCUUACCUCAAGCCUACUAAACAUCUACUUGGCUUCUUAUUUCAUUUUACUACUCUUUGAAGAGUAAUACUGGACUGUAAGGUGCGUGAUUGUGUUUAUGCAUCACGUUUUGGACUCAAACGUCCUUAAAAUUUGAACUAACUUUAGCAUGAAACUGCUAUAAAUCUCUCAUUUCAACAUGUAGGUAUACAAAAGAAUGUCGUUGCACUACUGCUUAUGUUGUUUUUGGUUUAAAGGAGACAGAGAAUGUUUUUUCAUGAGAAAAAUGACUUGUGUACGCAAAAAAAUGUAUAAAAAUAAGAGCUAUUUAGUUGCCUUUGACUUGUAUAAUAGUUCUGCUUGCUUACUGUGUCUUCAGAUGUCAGUCUGCUAUAAGAAAAUGGCUAAUGUGAAAGUGUGCAAUACACACAAUGAUUAAACUGUUGAAUUAACACACUAAUGAACAAAAAGAAAUAAACACUAAUUAAAAAUAAUUAACAUUAAAUGAAAGUUAAUGGUUGUUGAAUAAUUAUGAAUGAUUCACUGUAUUUAGGGUAAGAAAAAAAUGAUGUGCACUUGUCAUUGGGCAGUUUGGAAGGUUUUCUCUCCAUUUGUGAGAUACUUCGGUUGCCUCCCGCCUCUUAAAGCAUUCCGGUAAAUGGAUUGGCUACUCAGAAUUACCCACAAGUGCGAGUGUGACACCCUGCUAUGGACUGGCUCUCUUUGUUCCUACCUUGUGCUGAUGCUUCCUGGCAGGUUGAAUAAAUGAUUUGUUACUAAACUGA